AUGGCACCAGUGCUGAUUCUCCUGGCUUUUCUCCUGCCCCUUGGAGCUCAUUCUGAGGAGAUCAUCAAAGGCCAUAAGAUCAAGCAUCACUCCCUCCCCUACAUGGCAUUUGUUAGGUUUCUGAAAGAAGAUGGGAAUAGGAGUCGCUGUGGGCACUUCCUUGUGCAUUACAACUAUGUGCUAACAGCUGCUCACUGCAGGGGAAGUGAGGAGAACUCAAUAACAGUCACGCUGGGGGCCCACAACCUCAAGGCACAGGAGCAGACCCAGCAGAUCUUCCCUGUGGCAAAAGCCAUUCCCCACCUUAACUAUAAUUCUAAGGACAAGAUCAAUGACAUCAUGCUGUUAAAGCUGGAGGGAAAGGCCAAGAGGACUAAAGCUGUGAAGCUCCUCAAGUUGACCAGGGCCAAGGCCCGGGUGAAGCCAGGGAAGAAGUGCCAUGUGGCUGGCUGGGGGGUGACAUCCUUCAAUUCUACUAAAGCAUCUGAUCUCCUACAAGAGGCUGAACUGAGCAUUCAGGUGGACUAUCAAUGCCAGAAACACUUCCCUCACUAUUCAGAGACAAUACAGAUAUGUGUUGGAGACCUCCGAAAAAUACAACUGGCUUUCAAGGGUGACUCUGGGGGGCUCCUUGUGUGUGACAACAGAGCUUAUGGAGUUUGUGCUCAUGCUAAGAAGGAAACCGCUGUAGACAUCAUCACUAAAAUUUCCCCCUUCCUGCCAUGGAUAAGCAGAAACUUGAAGCUCCCCUAG